AUGAAGCUGUGCUCGCUCUCCCUCUCCCUCUUGCCCCUGGCUCUCUGCCUCGCCCUCCUCGGCCACCGCGGCGUCGCCGCUCACGCCUCCGCCGCUCAUGCCGCCGCCACCGCUGCCAAUGCCUCCGCCACCGCCACCGCCACCGCCGGCCUCGUGGCUAAGGUCUGCGGGAAGUCGAACCACAGGGACCUGUGCCUAUCGAGCCUCCAGUCCGUCCCGGAUGUCGGCUCAGCCACCGACGUCGGCAUCCUCGCCAUCGCCGCGCUCCGCGUCGCGGCCACCAAUGCCAGCGACACGGCCGCGCUCAUCCAGGGCCUGCUCAAUGACACGACCCUCUCGCCCGCCGUCCAGCAGGGGCUCAGCGACUGCGCCGACCACUACGUGGACGCGGUCGAGCAGCUCGACGACUCGGUCGCCGCGCUGACCGUGAAGGCAUACAGCGACGUGCGCACGUGGGUGAAGACGGCCAUAGCUGAUGCCGACACUUGCGAGGCGGGGUUCCAGCAGCUGGCGACUGGGCCGAACAUCUUGUCCCAUAGGAACCUGAUUUUCCGGCAGUUGUGUAACAAUGCCCUGGGCAUCGUCAAACUCCUGAAGGCUUGA